GCCACGCAUUAGAUGUCAAAGUCAGAGGCAUAGUGUGUGUUUGACCGGCAAUUCCUAUUUUUCUGUGUUAUGGACACGUCAGGGGGACUGUCUAAGCUCAAGCUGAGCCUGGAGAAGCAGGAGCAUCUCGUGAAAUUGGCUAUUUUGACGAUAGCUGCAAUUUUGUCAUUCGCCACCCGGCUCUUCUCCGUGCUGCGCUUCGAGAGUGUCAUCCAUGAGUUUGACCCCUACUUCAACUACCGCACCACUCGCUUCCUGGCCGAGCAGGGCUUCUACAGCUUCCACAACUGGUUCGACGACCGAGCAUGGUAUCCCUUGGGCAGGAUCAUCGGCGGCACGAUCUAUCCGGGCCUGAUGAUUACCUCCGCUUUUCUCUAUCGCGUCAUGUGGCUCUUCAACGUCACCAUCGACAUUCGCAACGUUUGCGUCUUCCUGGCUCCCUUCUUCUCGUCCCUCACAACAAUCGUCACGUACUUACUCACCAAGGAGAUUCAUAGCACAGGAGCAGGCCUCGUGGCCGCUGCAAUGAUCUCCAUCGUUCCUGGAUAUAUUUCCCGCUCAGUGGCCGGAUCGUAUGACAAUGAGGGCAUCGCCAUAUUCUGCAUGCUCCUCACGUACUACAUGUGGAUCAAGGCAGUGAAGACGGGCACAAUCCUCUGGAGCACGCUCGCGGCGCUCGCCUACUUCUACAUGGUGUCAUCCUGGGGAGGCUAUGUCUUCCUCAUCAACCUCAUUCCCCUGCACGUGCUGGCGCUCAUGAUCACCGGACGCUUCUCUCACCGCAUCUACAUUGCCUACAGCAUUGUCUAUUGCGUGGGAACCAUCCUCUCCAUGCAGAUCUCCUUCGUGGGAUUCCAGCCAGUGCAGAGCUCUGAACACAUGCUGGCUCUCGGCGUCUUUGGCCUGUGUCAAAUCCACGCGUGCGUGGACUUCCUGCGAUCGAAGAUGUCCAGGGAGCACUUUGACAUCCUGUUCAAAGCACUCUUGGGAUUCAUUCUCGGCGUGUCGGUCCUCAUUGGAAUCAUCCUGUCCAUCACUGGCAAGGUGUCACCGUGGACUGGGCGCUUCUACUCUCUUCUCGAUCCGAGCUAUGCUAAGAAUCACAUCCCGAUUAUCGCCUCAGUUUCCGAACAUCAACCGACAUCGUGGUCAUCCUUCUACUUUGAUCUGCAAAUUCUAGUCUUCUUGUUCCCCGCUGGACUCUACCUCUGCUUCUCAAAGCUCACCGACGCCAACAUCUUCAUCAUUCUCUAUGGCGUCACCAGUAUCUAUUUUGCCGGCGUGAUGGUGCGCUUGAUGUUGGUCCUGGCACCAGUGAUGUGCGUCCUCUCGGGAAUCGCGGUAUCCCACUUGAUGGCAAAGUACAUCAGAAGUGUGGACAAUACGCAAACAAAAACACAGGAUCCGAAGAAGUCAAAGAAGUUCGAGCAACAAUCGACAGUAUCCAGUGAAACUGCUAUAGCCUUCGUCUUCGUCCUGUCAUUCCUGCUGAUCACCUACACAUUCCACUGCACCUGGGUGACUUCUGAAGCCUACUCCUCGCCAAGUAUCGUCCUGGGAGCUCGAUCGCACGACGGAGGACGCAUAAUCUUUGAUGAUUUCCGAGAAGCAUACUAUUGGCUGCAGAUGAAUACUCCUGAGGACGCAAAGGUGAUGUCAUGGUGGGAUUACGGGUAUCAGAUAACGGCAAUGGCGAAUCGGACAAUUUUGGUGGACAACAACACAUGGAACAAUACUCACAUUUCGCGCGUUGGCCAGGCAAUGGCAUCCACAGAAGAGAAGGCCUACGAGAUUAUGCGUGAACUGGAUGUGGACUACGUGCUGGUGAUCUUCGGUGGUCUCACGGGCUACUCGUCGGACGAUAUCAACAAGUUCCUGUGGAUGGUUCGCAUCGGCGGCAGCACGGAUCGCGGGUCGCACAUUAAGGAGCAGGACUACUAUGCGCCCAGCGGCGAGUUCCGUGUGGACAAAGAGGGCUCUCCGACGCUCCUCAAUUGUCUCAUGUACAAAAUGUGCUACUACCGAUUCGGGCAGGUGUACACGGAGGGCGGAAAGCCACCAGGAUAUGAUCGUGUGCGAAGCGCAGAGAUUGGCAACAAGGACUUCGAGCUCGAUGUGCUGGAGGAAGCGUACACCACGGAACACUGGCUUGUACGGAUAUACAAAGUAAAGGAGCUGAGGAAUCGUGGAGUGUGAGGAUGUCAUUACCCCCCAAGGAGUCGCAAAGAGCAUCACAGAACUGCAUUUUCAACAGUGUCAGUUGGGCAAAAGUUGUCUGAUCAACUCGCAAAUGGAAUGAUUUUUUUUAUUGUACAAAAUGAGAGAGAGAAAAUGACACAGGAUCUAAAUAAAGUUUAGGAUGCUUUUCUACUGUAAAAUGUACCACGUUUUAAUGGAAUAAACACAAUCUGCAAAUUCAAA